AUGGAAUGCCUGCGAGACAGGUUCGAUACCGGUGUCGUCCUUGAGGGACGAUAUCAGACCAUUUCUCCUCUCAACCAUGGGUCCUUCGGCCUGGUCUUUAUGGCCAAGGACCUCAAGACAGACGAGACGGUUGCCAUCAAGUGCUUGACCAAGAAGGCUGCAGCAGACGAGUAUGGCUUUGAUCUCGCCAUCGAUGACAAGUCAGAAGAGCGCAUGUUGCAUGCUCGUCUGGGCAGCCAUCCCAACAUUGUCAACCUCAUCGACAGCUUCGAGACCGAGGCUCACCUCUACCUCGUCUUAGAAUUCUGUGGCCGUGGUGACCUUUACGAGGCCAUCCGUCACGGCUAUGGGCCUUUGGAGACGGAGCACGUUCGGAACUUCAUGCUUGAGCUCGUCGAUGCGGUGGACUACAUGCACUCUAAGGGUGUGUACCAUCGGGACAUCAAGCCGGAGAACAUCUUCCUUACCGAGUCGGGCUCGAUGAAGCUGGGUGACUUUGGUCUUGCAACCACCGAGCGGUGGACUUACGAGGCCACCGUCGGCAGUGAUCGAUACAUGUCACCCGAGCAGUAUGACUCCGCCGGUGCUGGGUACUCGCCUGCCCAGGCUGACAUCUGGGCCAUUGGCAUCUGCCUGCUCAACAUCCUCUUCUCUCGCAACCCCUUCACCACGCCCACCGAGUCUGAUCCCCUCUUCCUCGACUUCUCUCGGGACAAGCAGUCGCUCUUUGAUGUCUUCCCGUCCAUGUCCCAGGACACGUACGAGGUCAUUGUCGAGUGCAUGAACAUGGACCCCAACAAGCGUUCACUUGUUGGUGCUCGCCGUGCUCUCCGCCGCGUUGUCAGCUUCACCACCUUGGAUGAGCAAUUGGAUGACUUCUGCUCGACUGACCGCAUGACCGUCGCGACCGCCAACCGUGAGCCUCUCCGCACUCCAUCUGUUCAGAGCCCACAAGUCGACAACGGUUCCUUCCCCUGGACCAAGGCUCUGCACACGACUGCCCCCCAUGCUCUCCGGCAAUUGAGCAUGAUUCCGGACAACGAGAGCUACACGGAGGAUCUCUUCUCCAAGUCACAAGCUACGACUGCCGAUUGGCUCUCGGCGCACGGACAAACGCCCUCGUCACUUGACUCCGUCAUCAACUCAAGCCUGGGUGCUUCGAUCAACUCGAUGGCCCUGAACCGCACACCAAAGUUUCAAUCAGGUGCCAACGUCUCUCCCAUGGCUGGCUCUCUGCCCAUCACCAUGUCAAAGCCCAGGGGUCAAUCUGCAAUCUCAUUGGCCUUUGGACGUAAGGAAGGCUUCUCCAAGAGCUGGAGCGACAUGUGGGAGGAGGAUGAAGAAGAGGAAGAGAACGAGCGUCUUCGCCAGAUGCAGAACCUCCAGGAGCUCAACUCGAGGACUUGGAGUCACGACAGCAAGAUCAUUGAGGAGGACGAUGAGGACACUCCGAGGAGGGGACUGUCUCCUGUCACCAAGGCUACUUCGAUGUGUCCUGCUGAGAAGGUGCCGUCGAUUGAGCACACCAUCGCCAACAGUAUCGAUGAUGACCUCAUUGCGGACGGUUUCUUCUUCCAGGACAGCAAGGUUCAAUCCACGCCUCAAAAGCCGAAAUUUCAACCUGAAUCAGCACCUCAUCAUCAUUCUCGCUACUCACCGCCCACCAAGCGCAGCCCAAUGGACAGUGAUAAGUGGGCGGUGCUUGGCGAAAGACGUCGGGCUCACUCGUCAGCCAAGAAGCCCGAUGCUGGCUUGAAGACGAUCCGUGGUCAUCCGCAGACGACCGUUGGGUUUUCUACGUUGGGCCAUGGAGUUUGGGACCAUUAUAAUUUUGGCCAGCAUCAUCACAACCAGUCGACCCCUCAGAAGUCGACAGCUCACCUCCCGACGAACAACAUGGCAUUCAACCACCAUGCACAUCACUUUGCAGGUAGCAAAUGGAACUUUGGCAAGGACCGUGCCAAAGAAUGCCCUAUGAAGAAGGGCAUGGACUCGAACUGGCGCCGUGACCGGCGUGCAGGUUUCGAUGUCGAGUGGGUUGGUGGUUGGUAA